CCAUGAUCAAAGUUCUAUUAAUACGGACAAGUAAAAGGGGAAUUUAUACUGAGACGUCUUCUAGCAGAGAAAUCUUCUUGCAGCUGACUAUUAGAGGUCUGUUUUGGCGCAAACAUGGACCCGCCGCAGGAGAAACCCGACGAUACGAGUGUUGGGGACAUCGAAGCUGCUAAUACCAGAGAAGAAAUAUCGAUGUUCAGAAUAUAUGGGAAUGAUAUGCAUGAAAUGACAGUCCUUACUGCCGAAGAAAUCAAAGAUGAAAGGCGGUUUGUGCUAAAACUUGACAUGAUCGUGUUACCGCUCAUAGCGGUGAUGUACUUUCUUGCUUCUCUUGACCGAGGAGAUAUCAGCAAUGCAGCGAUUGCGGGAAUGAAUACUGAGCUACACAUCAACCCUCGUCAGCUGAGCAAUUGCAUCGCGUUCUUUUACAUCGGUUAUAUUGUCUUCCAGAUUCCUGGGGAUAUUUUCUUGAGAGCGAUUGGACCGAAUGUUCAGUUAGGAGGUGCAAUGAUAGGGUGGGGUUUAGGGACUACAAUGCUUUGUGAAGCAAAAACCUGGAAAGUAAUUGCCGGCCUCAGGUUAAUGAUCGGUGCCAUUGAAGCAUUCUUACAAGUUGGGCCAUUGUUCUUGACGCUGUGGUAUCGAAGAGAAGAACUUGCAACUCGGGGAGCCAUCUUCUUCUCUAUGAUGGCUGUCGCGGGUAGCAUGAAUGGCCUAAUAGCCUACGGCGUUGAGCAUAAUCUGAAUGAGGAGCACGGAUGGGGAGCCUGGAGAUGGAUCUUCCUCAUUGAAGGAAUUAUGUCAAUUGGCAUGGGCUUUGUUGUCCUGAUACUGCUUCCUUCUGUACCAGAGAAGGCCACAUGGAUGUUCUCCGUGAAAGAACAACAGAUAGCAUUGCGCAGGUCUAGGGAAGCGUUCAACGUAGCUCAUAGCAAGCUUCAGCCGAAGCAGCUGAUUGCCGUGAUCAAGGAUCCCAAAGUUUGGUUUUAUGCGUUUUUGUAUUCGUGCAUGAAUAUCAGCCUCGCGUCCUUCUCAAGCUUCUUGCCCGUGAUCCUUAAUUUGCUCGGAUACUCGACACUACGGACCCAACUACUGACAAUCCCGAUCUAUGUUGUGACUGGAGUGUUCACUGUCGCUAUAUGCACCCUGUCAGAUAGAUUGAGAAAUAGAGGUAUCUUCCUCAUAAUUUCAUUUCUCCUAGCGGCCAUAGGCUGGCUGCUACUGCUCGUUAGUGAGUCUACGGAUCUGUCCUUUGGGAGUACAUUCUUAGUCGGAAUGGGUACAUACCCAGCGGUGGUUCUGAUUCAGAGUUGGAUGAAUUCCAAUAUCAUAGGAUUUACAAGAAGAGCUGGCUCACUUGGCUUUAUUAUGGUAUUCGGACAAAGUUUUGCGCUUAUGGGAACUGAAAUUUUCGACGACGCCCCCCAUUAUUACAAGGGAAAAGGACUCUCGCUGGGGGCUAUGGUUGUUGCGGCUGCUUUUACGUUAUUGUUCGUGUUCUACCUAAGACGACUGAAUGACCGCAAGAGGCUCGAGCAGGACAGCGAGGAGGCGCAAGCGAAACGAGCUUUGAGUUUGGAGGAAGUCUGCGAUGACCAUCCGGAUUUUAUAUUCUGGUAUUAG